AUGUCGUCGGAUGAACUAACGGAUGAAGGCAAAAGAAGGAGAGAGGAAGGAGAGGACGAUGAAAGUGACCCAUUUAAAAGAAGCCGCAGAGUAGAGCUGUCACCAGAAAAGACGGGAGCUGACAGAAAAAUAGACAGGGUGAUGAAAUUGUUGGAAGAUUUAGCAUCCGAUGUGAAGGAUAUUAAAAGGGAACAAGGGAUUUAUGCAGAAGAAAUUAGAGCAUUGAGGGAAGAAAAUAAAAAAAAUAUGAAAGAAAACGAAGAAAUUAAAAAAGAGAAUGGGCAAGCAAAAAGAGAUGUACGAAAUUUAACCAGUAGAGUUGAAUAUUUAGAGAAAGAAAGCAAAAAAGACAACGUGGUUAUAACCGGUGUUAAGGUAGAUACACAGGACUCAGACAUUUUAAAAGAGGUGAUGGAAAACCUGAUUGAGAAGACCAUGAAUAUAAAAGUGGAUAUUAAAACAGCUGUAAAAUUAGGAGAGAAAAAAUGUUUACUGCACUUGGAAACCGCGGACAAGAGGAAGGUAAUGCAAAAUAAGAAAAAACUAAGAGAUUUUAAGGAAGAACGGAUUUAUAUAAAUGAUGAUCUAACAGUAGCAGAGAUGGAAAUGAAUAGCGAAUUACGGAAAAAAGCUCAAGAAGCUAGGAGCGAGGGCAAGGCAGUGAAGCUGGGGUUCAGGAAGAUCAUAAUGGAAGGAAAAACUUGGAGAUGGAACAGAAAAGACGGAAAAAAAAAAUACCUAAUUUACGAAGCGGCCAAGAAGAAGUUAGAACUAUAG